UGUAUCGGGUAUCGCAACAGCAUACUCUGCAUAUGCAUUGUUACUGAGAACAAAAGCCAAUUCAAGGGGCGUGAAGAGGUAACAUGUCAGAUUGGGCCCUUCGGAGCAGGCUUCGCGACUGGCGUAAACAAAAGGCUGCUGAAUGCGGCUGGGAUGACAAGGUAUACUUCAUAUUCAAGAACGACACGCUAGACGACCUCGUCGCUCGGCGACCUGCAACCGCUGGCGACUUGCUCAACGUAGUCGGGCUUGGUCCCAAGAAAGUCAAUGACUAUGGCACUGAGAUCUUGCGCAUCAUCAACCCGGGUGCUGCGGUGCCUGCCGCGCCAAAGUUGCCCGAGGCGAAAUCGCAUGCUGGCGAGCACUGGAGGCCCGAGGACAUAGGGGCCUUGUGCCGGAUGCACAGCCAGGGCGAUACUGUGAAGGCGAUGGCGGCACAGCUGGGCCGCAGCAAUCUGGCAGUGAGCAUGAAGCUGGAGGCGCUGGGCUUGCCACCGCACAGCGUGUCUCCAGCUCGCGUCGCGCAUGCGCCCCUUCCCGCGCCCGCACCCGCGGCUCUGGCGGCGCCCGCACCCUCUGCGACAUUGGCGCUACACGCAGGCUCAAAGCGGAAGAAGGAGGACGAGGAGGUGGUGGGAAAGGAGCAGCAGGGCGCACCGGCACCCUCGACGCCCGCCAAGAGGCGCGAAAUAAUGAAGUAGAGGCGUGCAUGCGCACUGUCAUCAGGCUUGCUGUUGCGUUGAAGAUUUCUGCAAUUGUGGGGGAGUCGCACGUUGGCAAGGGGGCGGGUUGGGGUCUGCAGCACCAAGCGCAGGGGCAGCUGCAGGCAGCCAGGCACGCAGUGUGGCUGUGCGAGGUGCCCAGCCGUAGCCAGCCGAGGCCCACCCACAGUUCGCAUACCGUAUUGGCAGCCUACAGCGAUUGUGCUGAAUGAUAGCGGGCGUCAAGCCAUCCAGCGCAUGUGCCGCGGUAGGACAUUGUGGUAUGGUGUGUUUGGCCAUCGGUUGGUGAUUGUUGUCAGGGUUGGUGAUGUGUGCCUGCCAUCAGUGCCGAUUGUCGAUUGAGGGCCCCUCUAUGCUUCUGCACCGACUCAACACAGAGCAGCGUUGGGCCGUCCUGUGAGGCGAGCGAACAGUGCGUCAAUAAUGCGAAGUGGUACCCAGAUGCCUUCUGAAUCACUGAUGCUUUCUGUUGUCUCGCUGUUACAUGACUUAAAUCCCUUAUCAUGCAGGUGGGAACAUAACGUGUGAGUGUGAGAGUGCGUGCCAGGCUGUCACAGUAUUGCGCUACGAAGGUCUGUUGCAGUUGAGUUCUGUUGUGUGGGUGACGAGUUGUAUCACAUAUAUAUGUACUUGGACUGCAACGCUCCCUGGCAUUUUGUACUGGCGGGCUUGAUUGCAGUGAUGGCGAAGCAAUGGCUGAAGAGUCUUCAGCGUGCAUACACAAUAACGGUUGGAACCCAGGGUGGCAAGAGUGCAGUGAGGGGUAGCCAUCCAUGGGAUGGUGUGUAUCAAAUAUGAAGUGA